AACCCUGGAAUAGCGACUGAAAAAAAAAAGAUCACCAACAGACGGUUUCAAGCUCCCCGCGACGGCAGCAGCCCCUGUUCGGUUCCGCAAUGUUGAGGAUGGAUGUAGCCUGCUAGAAAAAAAAGACACCGGGGCACAGUGAGCGAGAGAACACUACUGCUGUGUAGCUAUGGAGAUCGUACGUGGUCGCUUUCUUUGACAGGUGUCGGAACCGGACUGAAUAAAAAGUAUCGAAACCAGCUUCAAGGAUGUACGCCAAGGGGAAAGGUGCUGUUGUGCCCUCAGAUAACCAAGCAAGAGAAAAGUUAGCGCUGUACGUAUAUGAGUACCUGCUGCAUGUAGGAGCACAGAAGUCUGCACAGACCUUCUUGUCAGAGAUACGAUGGGAAAAGAAUAUUACGUUAGGGGAGCCUCCUGGAUUCCUGCACUCGUGGUGGUGUGUAUUCUGGGAUUUGUAUUGCGCUGCACCGGACAGACGGGAGAACUGCGAACACUCCAGCGAGGCCAAGGCCUUCCAUGAUUACAGUGCGGCAGCAGCCCCCAGUCCUGUGAUGGGGAAUAUGCCUCCUAAUGAUGGUAUGCCAGGAGGACCCAUGCCGCCUGGAUUCUUCCAGGGUCCGCCAGGCUCCCAGCAGUCUCCUCACGCACAGCCCCCCCACGGCAUGGGACCACACGGACAGCCUUUCAUGUCGCCACGGUUUCCAGGUGGACCCCGCCCAUCUCUCCGAAUGCCAAAUCAGCCUCCUGGGGGAAUCCCUGGUUCUCAGCCUCUCCUGCCAAACAGCAUGGACCCCACCAGACCACAAGGACAUCCUAAUAUGGGCGGGCCAAUGAGAAUGAACGUACCACGAGGAAUGGGGCCCAUGGGUCCACAGAACUACGGGGGUAUGAGACCCCCUCCUAACUCCAUGGGUGGUCCUAUGCCUGGGAUGAACAUGGGACCUGGUGGUAGAGGACCGUGGCCUGGUCCCAAUGCGAACUCAAUACAAUACUCCUCCUCAUCUCCCGGCCACUAUGUGGGUCCUCCAGGAGGAGGGGGGCCGCCCGGAACUCCCAUCAUGCCCAGCCCAGGUGACUCCAACAACUCCAGUGAAAACAUCUACACUAUGAUGAACCCUAUAGGACCAGGAGGAAACAGACCCAACUUCCCUAUGGGCCCGGGGCCUGAUGGACCGAUGGGAGCUAUGGGAGCCAUGGAACCUCACCACAUGAAUGGCUCACUAGGCUCUGGGGACAUGGACGGGUUGCCAAAGAACUCUCCUAACAACAUGGGGGGUAUGAGCAACCCUCCCGGGACGCCGCGGGACGAUGGAGAGAUGGGUGGAAACUUCCUCAACCCAUUCCAAAGUGAAAGUGCUUCUAGGACAGCCCUGGGGCAUGCUGGGCCUCUAGUGAAGGCGGAGCUUCCCGAUGCUGUCUGUGGCCUAGACAGGAAACAGAGACACAGGAAGUCCCUACUCUCUAACCCUGCCCCCUGCCUCUCUGACUUCUUGUCAGGGUCUGGACAAUGAGAGAGGGGAUGCUGGAGAGACUGGAUAACAUGGACACCCUUCAGGACACAGCAUGGUAGGGUUCUGUCAGUAACUGUCUGGAAGGUCGACAAACAUUUACAUUGGCAUUCACUUUUAUUUUGAUGUUUUUAUUGUUUCUUAUGGAUUUGAUUGUGUUUCUAAUGGAUACAGGGGUGGAUACAGGGAACGAAUCUCGAAUGAUCCCCCUUUCCCUAUGUAGUGCACUACUUUAGAGGAAUAGGGUGUCAUUUGAGACCUAGACAUGGAAGUGUCGUCUAGCCCCCCUCCCCCCUCGUUCACUCUGUGUACAUUUAAAAAACAAGUGUUGUGAUGUUUUCCAUUACUCUGUAUGUAAUGUUUUAUUGCUAUUCUUUUAUAAUAUUUUAUUGUUAUGAUUUAAUAAUAUAAUGAUUCUGUUUAUUUUAAAAUGUAGGAUUUAAUUUCUGGAGUUUUUUGUUGUUGUUGAAAGGGCAUGCACCCACUGAUGACCUCUUCGUUAGUAACGUCACAGGACGGUGAACCUUCACUAGUCUCCUUAAGGAAAACCCACAAUCUACUGCCCAGUCAGAGAACAGCACCUUGGUCCAUCAUGGUACUUUAAAUUGUAAUGUCCCCCCCCGAGAAGGCGUUUUCUCUGUCGUAGACUAAGUGACCCUGAACAUGCAGAGGAUGCAGUCUUAUUUAUUUGUUUAAUCUUCCUUUGAGACAGACUUAUUGUCAACCUGUUCUAUCUGCACACUCUGGAAUCACUCUGCACCAAUCAGCAUCCACCUAGAGGAAGACAUCUUGGAAGUGUCUGGUUUUUAUUUUUUACCCGGAGGGCAGUUCUUCUGACCUUCUGUGAAAUUAUUCUGCUUGGAUGCUUAAAGGACUCUCGUAACAGAGCUGAGCCAAUCAGGAGGUGGUGUGGCAAUUGCCAUGGUAACUCCCCCCCUCAAGAGGACAACAUUUGUCCUUACUCACACACAACCAACCAAUCGGCCUACCUACACCUACACCCUCCCCCUCCCCAACCACCUCUCUCUCCUUUUGUGACGUCUCCAUCUGUCUUUGGUUUGUUGUAAAUACUGUAAAGUGAAUUUUGAUAUCAUGACAUGUUUUGAUAUUUCCGUCACAACCAAUGACUGAUGAGAAACGACUUGAUUCUGACCAACUGGGUAUGAAAAGAGACGGUGUGUGUUUUUACAGUAGCUCACUGUUUAUCUCUGACACAACUAGGACCAGGAGCAACCCUCUAUAUUGGAUCAUUACUUAGGGAGCUACAACUAACGUUAAGAGUCCAGAGUAUUUCCUGGCCAGGUCAAGCUGUUAGGGAAAUCUCCCGUCCCUCGUAAUAACUGUUUGUUGGAAGAGGAUAAUUAUUGGAAAAUGAACCGUGACACUGUUUAGUUUUUAAAAUGUGAGAUAUAUUUACUUACCAUAACUAGGGCUAGGAGUGUUUUAUGUGCCCUUGUCAGUGGAGGCUGCUGAGGGGAGGAUGGCUCAUAAUGUCUGAACUGGAGCGUGGAACCAUGUUUGAAUGUAACAUUUCACUGAUUUGGGCUCCAGCCAUUAGCACAAGCCUCCGUCCCCAAUUAAGGUGCACCGACCUCCUGUGGUCCUUGUCAUUUCAUGUGCUCUGGAAAAACUCAUGACCUUCUUUUGACCUUUCCACUCUGCCCAUACGGAAGAGGACGCCUCUUUAUCGGUGACCGCAUGGGCAGCGCCAUUGAGGCUACAACCCAUAGGGACCCCCAUCCGGUUGACUACUUUAGUAUGGCGAAAGCCCUCAAUGGCGCUGCCCUUGCUAAAACGGCAUUUUGGCCACUAUUAUUCUCUAUGGCUCUAGCUUUUUUUUCAAGUUGUUUCCUGACUGUGACCUGUUCAGGGAAACCUCCUGGCCCUAGUGGUGUCAAACUGUGCACCGGUGCAAACGCCUCUCCUGUAUGAAAAAUCACCGUUUGUCACAUUGUUGGUCAUUUGUCUCUUUCUAUGGUGACGUAUUGUUUCAUUCUGGGUUGAAAGGAGGGGACAGCGGGUGACGACACAUUUGACUGUUCCUUGGGUUUGUCCAUCUCUCGCUAGUCUAAAGUAGCGUCCUCCUCUCCCUUUGCCUGCACUGACGUGGAAGAUGGAUCUGUGCAGACGAAGGAGAUGACGUGAGGAGAGGAAGCCACUUUAAAUUUGAGCCGCAGGCCAUGUUUUUCCUCUUGACGACAAAGCAGCAUUGGAUACGAGGCAGUUUGUUUUUCCAGAACAUUUAGUCCAUUACAAUGAUCCUGUGUUUUUAAAUCCUGUCAACCCCUUUUUAGAUUGGGUGCCACCUUGAUUUGAAGAUCCAACUGAAAGAACUUUGACCCAUCUCUUGCAGUGCUGUGUAAUAUAAAUGAUCCCAUGACAUUUGGUUGGAAUAUUGCCAUAUUCAGGUUAUUUUCAAAAGCAGCGGGAACAUAAUCUAAGGGGCCAACAUGGUAUCAUGCCAAUCUGGAUAAAACAUGGUGAAGAACUGCUUCCUGGGUUUGCUUUGUAUUUCCUGAUAGGCUAGUUUCUACUCCUAAAUGUCUUGUGUAGUAAUAAAACGUUUCCUAUUUGUAUGUUUUCUUUGUUGUAAUAAAGUUUCUUUAGAGACUGAUAAAGUUGCUUAUUGGGAAGAGAAAAAAAAAAGGGGGAGAUCUUGCAUCAACAAUAAAUGUCAGUUGUUUUGGGUUUUUCACCGAGUCAUCUGUUUUUUUUUCACCCCUGUGUCCUUCUCGUUGUUGUAGAUGAUACAUCAAAAAAACAAAUAAAGUGAAUUCACUA